AUGGACUCCUCCCUGCCCCAGAUCUGGCAAGCUGCUGCUAGCACGCCGUUCCAUCCCGCCGUUGCCAAGGACUCGCAAUUCUUCAUUGCCUUCCUGCUCCUCCUCGCGGGUAUCUCGAUCACCGGUGUCUUUGCUCUGAACCGAUCCCUCACCAACAUCCCGGCCCUGGGUGUUCCUGCUUCUGCUGCCAUUGCAUUCGGAACGGUGUACAUGUUCUGCGCAGUCGGAGUUUACGUCUAA